CCUAAAUCUAGACAAUUUUCGGACAAUGGAAAAUUCGCUCAUCAUCGACUCGGUGAUCCAAGAGAUGGAGCACGCGUUCGAUCUCACUAAAAAGCUUCAGUCCCUCAUCGAGCUUGGCAGCUGCAGUGAUAGGCUGAAAGAACUCGUGAGGGUCCUCGAGGAUGAUCUACAGCAGAUAGUGAGGUCUCGGAAGAAGGAUGUCAAACCACAGAAGAAACGCAUGGCUUCGCUUGAUGUCCCGAUCCGAGUCGAUCGAAGAAGCCUCUCUGUUCGAAGAGAAAUCACAGCAACACCUUUUGAUCAUGAUCACCAGUGGAGAAAGUACGGGGAAAAGAAGAUCACUGGCUGCAUCUUUAGCAGGAGCUACUACAGGUGCACUUACAGCGAGGAUCAAGGAUGCACAGCGAAAAUGCAAGUGCAACGACAGACCCCAUCGUUGUUUCUCGUCACUCACGCAGGACGACACAGGUGCAAAACUUCCUCCUCGAGAACUGAUGACGAUGACACAGUCAAGCCUUCGGCUUCUCAUAUCACAGUCGAGCCAUUCCUGCUGCGUUUUGAUUCAGGAGAUCAUUAUAAGAUGGAAGAGAAUAAGAGUUAUGUGAGGAAAGAUAUGGUUCAGACAUCGUCGGGGAAGCUGGAAUCAGCAGAUCCCACAUUCCAUGAAUCUAUGGAGAGCUCCUCGGCGAUCGGCGGCAUCGAUUCAUUGAGCUCAGUUGCGUUGGACAUGGAUUUCUCAGUAUUCGAUUUUGAUGACAAAGAGUACUAGUUUUUGUAGGUAUUAGGAGAAGCACCAGCCUCGUCUAAUCGAUCGAUAGGUUCUGCAAUAAAUUUAGGAUGUUAGCAUGAGGAGAAAAUCAAGACAUAGUUCAAUAUCUGGUGUUGAAUCGAAGAUAAUGAUCUUCUAAAUUGUCUGCUUUUCUAAUGUUGGCAAGUGAAAGAUGAUGCUUGAAUCUAUCAAUGUAUAGGUUGAGAGAAAAUAGAAGAUUGAGAGAAAAUAGAAGAUUGAUGCAAAUCAUCGAAAGAAAAGAAGAUCAAAGGGUAUUAAAGAUUCUAUAAA